UUUUAUGAUAACAAAAAAAAUGAAGAACAGAGAAUUGGGGUGGAGAUUCUCCAAUACAGAAGACAAUUCCGGGAGGGAGAGACAGAGAUGCACACUCUGCACCUUUAUCCUCUCGGUGUAUAUUUCUAUUCCCAUUCAAGAAAGAAGAACAUGUUAGCCAACACGAGCCUCAUCUCCUGCAACUUUUCCUUCCCGCUAAAAAUUAGCACUGAAGUCAGAAUCCCAACCCAAAACCCAAAUUGGAAAACCUCAAUUCCUUCAAGGUUUCUUGGACUUGACAGUCAGAGAAUCACUAUCUCCAAUUUCCACAAAAAGGGUGUGUUGCAAACAUGUCGGAGUUCUAUCAACACUGAAAAUUCACAAGACCCAGUUGUGGAUAAAGAAGCCUCUUUGGAGAGUGAGGUUGUUGGCAAUGGGAGUAGUAAUCCUGGUGGGGAGGGUGGGGACUGGACGACAUCGUUUUUGCUUUUCUUGCUGUGGGCUGGACUCAUGUACUAUAUCUUUAACCUCACCCCCAACCAGACCCCGUCAAGGGAUGAAUAUUUCUUGAGAAAGCUUCUGAAUUUGAAGGGGGAUGAUGGUUUCCGAAUGAAUGAAGUGCUUGUUUCACUGUGGUACAUCAUGGGUUUGUGGCCUUUAGCUUAUAGUAUGUUGCUGCUUCCGACAUCUAGAAGCUCAAAAAGUAAAAUUCCGGUCUGGCCAUUCCUCAUACUUUCAUGCUUUGGCGGUGCAUAUGCUCUUCUUCCUUACUUUGUUCUUUGGAGACCACCACCUCCGCCUAUUGAAGAAACUGAACUCAGCAGAUGGCCUCUAAAUUUUCUGGAAUCGAAGUUAACUGCUGGGGUAUCACUUGCUGCUGGACUUGGACUUAUUAUUUAUGCAGGUUUAGCAAAUGGGGAAGACUGGAAGGAGUUUUUCCAGUACUUUAAGGAGAGCAAAUUUAUCCACGCCACCUGCAUUGAUUUUACCCUGCUAGCUACUUUUGCUCCUUUUUGGGUUUACAAUGAUAUGACUGCUCGGAAAUGGUAUGACAAAGGCUCUUGGUUGGUUCCUGUGUCAUUGAUUCCAUUCUUGGGUCCCAGUUUGUAUCUUCUCCUGAGGCCUUCGUUACCGGCAGUUCCUGUUUCAUUGAGCCCUACUUCUUCAGAAGAGAACUAGUCUAUGCAUUGUUUCUCAGUCUCGGUAAGAGUGAAGAAAUGAUAUGGAUACUUGGUAAGUUCAGUAGCAAAAGAAUUCCAGAAUAGAGUGAGAAAGAUUCCUUGGGCAGUCAUUAUUUAGUACAUUGGAAAGAAAGAAAUUACAGUUUUUGUAAGGCAGUGUUUGGUCAAGGAUUUGUCUGACGGAAAAGAAAACGCAAGUUCGUUCUCAAAACACACUGAAGGUACAUUUCCCACUCUUGUUACUCAAUGAAUCCCUCCACGAAUCCUUGAUCCGAUCAAAGCCUAAAGGUAUCCAUAGAAUCCUUCACCCUUUCAGCCUUAAUGGAUCCAAACACUCUCACUCCAGAUCUGUCAAGGCCUCUGCGCUUUAUGUCUUAGUUUCUAGGAAUUGGUUUAUUCCCCCUUUUUGUCAUUGAGCAUCAAUAUUCAAUGGCAGUCUUGUUUUAUGAGCGGAAAAUGCCAAUAGAGUUGUCUUAAUAUUGAUUUUAGGGGGGGAAACAUCGUUGAAGCCUUGUGACAACAUCUGAACGAGUUUUCACCAUGCAGUGAAUAUAUUAGUGGUGCUUAGUUCAACAAUGUGAUGUUUGUGUUUGUCCCAAAACGCAAACCAGAAACAAAACCAACAAUAAUGAUCUCAAACACCUGGUAGAAGCAACAGAUGCACUGAUGUCUCUAUUCAUCACAACUUCACAAGCGGAAAAUAUUGCAUUUUUUUUUCUUUGAUUGGAAAUUGCAUUUUUUUUUCUUUGAUUAGAAAUUGCAUUAAGCCCAUCAAUUCUCGCUUGUAACUAGUUAAUUCUCUAUACAAAAAAAAAAAGACCACUUAAUAUGAAAACAAUAGCAGAUCAACCCAAAAAAACUUGAGGAAACAUGGCGAUAAUCAGUGAUGGAGUUUCAAUGUGUUUAAAAACCAUGACAAUAUACAUAAUCAGAAAGAAGGCAUAACAGGGGCGACUGUGUAAUUGAUGAAAAGCGCUUCACUCGUAUAGUUUCUGCAACUCAUCUUUGAACUUGGCCUUCAGUUGUUCCCUCUUCAAUUUGAGGGCAGCAGUAACCAAUCCCGACUCGGGUGUCCAGGGGUCCGGCAUCAACUUGAUCUUUGAUGGAAUUUCAAACUUUUCUAGUUUUGCAUCUUUCCCC